UGGGGAAUGUUUCCUGCAGGGGGAGAUUGGGAGAGAAAUGUACAUCAUCAAAGCCGGAGAGGUUCAGGUCCUCGGGGGGCCGGAGGGACAGACGGUUCUGGUCAGUCUGAAAGCCGGAUCUGUCUUUGGAGAAAUCAGUCUGCUGGCAGUGGGCGGAGGAAACCGGCGUACUGCCAAUGUGGUGGCGCACGGCUUCACCAACCUCUUCAUCCUGGAUAAGAAGGAUCUGAGUGACAUCCUCACCCAUUACCCGGAGUCACAGAAGGUUCUACGUAGGAAAGCAAAGUGAGUGAGGAUGACCCCUGACCCCUGACUCCUGA